GCGCUCCGCCGCUGAACGAUCGCCAUGGCUCUGGUAGGCAUACUGCUGGCAGCCCUGGCCGUGGGCCUGCUGCUGUAUCAGCUGUUCGUCACUUUCUCCAGGCCUGACAACUUCCCACCAGGGCCGCCUCCGAUGCCGAUAUGGGGCAACUACUUGCAGAUGCUGCUGUUCAACUACAAGUACCCAUACAAGGUGCUGGACCUGCUGACGCGCCUCUACAAGAGCAAAGUGAUCGGCUUCUACUUCGGGGACAUGCCCGCCGUCGCUGCCUGCGACUACGAGUCGGUCAAGGAGGCGCUCAACAAUCCGCACCUACAGGGACGCGUCGUCAACAUCGGGCUCGAGCACAGGAUGUUCGGCAAGAAACUAGGCAUCUUCUUCACGGAUGGCCCCCAGUGGCUGGAGCAGCGGCGGUUUUCGCUGAGGAACAUGCGGGACUUCGGGUUCGGCCGUCGCUCUGAGAAGCUGGAGGCCGAGAUGGCGGCGGAGUUGCGAGACCUGGUGGAGUUGAUUCGAGGGGGCCGCGAAGACCAGGCGGUGGUGCGGCCGUCGUCAGGUGCGAGCAGCGUGCUGCUACCGGAGGCGCUGGCGCCAGGCUUCAUCAACGGGCUGCUGUACGUGUACACGGGCGCGCGGCUGCCGCGCUCCGCGGACGCCACGGCUCGCAUGCUGGGGCGUGCGGCGCUGCAGUUCACCAAGGCCAGCGACACCACGGGCGGCUUCCUCACGCUGCACCCCUGGCUGUCGUGGCUGGCGCCGCGCCUCUCCGGCUACCGGGACCACGUCCACAGCUCCGAGAAGAUGCGUCUCUUCCUGGAGCAAUCUAUUGAAGAACACAAGAAGACGUACUCCGACGAAUACAUGCGGGACUUCAUCGACUCAUACCUGCGGGAAAUUGAAGAGCGAGAGAAGAUUGGAGAACCGACAGCGUUUACCUCAGAGCAGCUGUCCCUGAUUCUGCUGGAUUUUUUCUUCCCGGCUGCCUCUGUGCUGUCAGCCACCUUGACAUGGGCACUCAUCUAUGUGGUUCACAACCCAGAAGUGAUGAGGAAGGUGCAGGACGAAUUGGAUGCAGUCGUGGGCCGCGGGAGGCUACCCACACUAGACGAUCGGCACAACCUACCGUAUACAGAAGCAACAAUAAGGGAGGUGAUGAGGAUUCGAACCGUCACCCCCAUCUCUGUACCCCAUAAGGCCAUGGAAGACACCACCCUCCAGGGUUACACUGUGCCCAAAGGAACUGUUGUGAUAACAUGCUUAAUUAGCAUGCACAUGGAUGGAGAUCUGUGGGGUGAUCCAAACAACUUCAGACCUGAGAGGUUUUUGGAUACUGAUGGAAAACUCAGCAAGAAAGACUUUACCUUGCCAUUUGGGGCUGGUAAACGUCUGUGUGCUGGAGAGACUUUUGCCCGCCAGAAUUUGUUUCUCAUGUUCUCGACACUCCUGCAGAACUUUUCAGUAAAGACAGAUGGCAUGCCUCUGCCAGACAGCAACAUUCCAGGCAUCAUCGAGACAGCUCCUGCAUUCUGGGCACGGUUUGUGCCUCGCUGAUAGGACAUAUCACAUUCCCAGGUGGACAUCUACAAUGAAAAUACAGGCAUGAGGUGAUAGAGGAGCAGGUUGGAGAUGAUGAUCAUAUCAGCACGACUUUGCUCCAUACACCAGCAUCCUAGGUCUCUGCCAUCUCUAGUUUCAGCUCUUGAUUAAGAAUGGGGAUUGCAGUUCCUCCACAUAGUGUAAUGUUGAAAAAUAAUCCUUAGUUAACUAUGUCAAUAACAAGUUAUUCAAGUGUUUUUUUUUUCUUUUUGUUUGCGAACAGUAAUUAUGGCAAGACAGUUUCUAAUGAUUGUUUAGUUGUUUAAGAAUGAAUCAUUAUUCCAUGUACUUGUAUUCAUAAUAAGGUUAUUCAUUUGAA